CGGAGUCCGAUUUGGGCGUUUGGUCUUUUGGUAUACGGGACAGUCUAUCUGAUUUGGUGCAGCAUUGGUAUAACUUUACGGGGUCCGCCAGCAGCCAUCACAUGUGCCUCACAAGCAAGGACUGAUGGUUGCAGUACAAAUGGAAUAGUGAACUAACGUGUUUAGUGAGGACUUGAAAGCUAUUUGAAGUCAAAGAUAUAUUUUCCUUCGAGAGGGGUCAUUGGACCGGACAGGAGCCACCAUGGCACCCGAUCCCGUCCGGGAGCAGAUGCGCUCCGGCAUCGACAUCGGCGGCUACGGCGACAUCCAGACGGACGAAGAGGUGGUGCUGACCUACGAUGACGUCCGGAAACGACGACGGGGGUUCCGCUACGGCAAAUCCCUCAAGGUUGUCAUACCAGUCCGGCCAACACCAAAGGGAAGAUAUGCCGUCUUCGAUAAAUACGGCCUGCUGUCAUUCGUCUUCGCCACCUACAUGAGUGAGAUCUUCAUGAAGGCGUACACCCGCGUACUGGAGCCUGAGGAUCUCUUCCCUAUCUCGCCAACAGACACUGCCACGCUGGCUGGCCUCAAGGUUGAAGAACUGUGGCAGAAGCAAAUUAAGGAGAAGGGCAUCGAGAAAGCUUCGCUGCCCAGCGUGGUGGUCAAAUUUGUUCGGACGCGUCACCUCGUAGGCUUCUUAUUUGGCUUCACUGCCAUUGGACUCAGCUUCUUCGCUGGAUCGUUUGUCAUCGGACAGCUCCUAGCGUUCGCUGGCAAUGUGAACAAAGAAUUCCGCAACAAGGAGUGGAGAACGGGAGUUAUGUGGGUCGCAAUACUUGUGGGCUGUAACUUGAGUCGCACCAUGGUGGACUCCAUACACUGGAGUAUCAACUUGAGGACGGCUACCAGGGCACGAUCUGGCAUUCUGUCCAUGGUCUUCAAGCGGGUUGCCUCCCUGCGCAGUCUUCAGGAUAAGAGUGUUGGGGAGAUUGUCAACGUCUGUGCCAACGAUUCCCAGAGGAUCUUCGAUGCCAUCGUCUUCCUGAAUUUUCUCUUCUUUUCCUUCUUCCUGAUUGCGGCCAUCUUGGGCUACAGCUAUUAUAUAGCAAACUGGCCAGCCAUCGUAGGCGUUCUGUCUACCUUCAUAAUCUUCUGGCCCUUGACCAUCGUCAUGGGCAAAUUACAGUCCAUGAUUCGGCAGAGGAGCAUCAAAAUUACCGAUCAUCGCGUCCAGAAGAUGAACGAGCUGUUGACCUACGUCAAACUGAUCAAGAUGUAUGCCUGGGAGGUGCCCUUCUCCAAGGAUAUUGCUGGGAUACGAAAAAAGGAGAGGGGUUAUUUGGAGAAGGCCGGCUACAUGCAGAGCAUGACGGUAGCUGUGUUCCCCCUGACCCCCAACGUUGCCACCGUCUUGACCAUCAUCAUAACCGUCUUGACCGGGGCCAGAGAGCUGAAUUCAGCCACGGCUUUCACCCUUGUGUCCGUGUUCAACUCACUGGGGAUGGUCCUGGGGCCCACGCCAUGGGCCAUCCGUGCUCUUGCAGAGGCCAAGAUUGCAAUGGAUAGACUUAAGAGCAUCCUUGUCAUGGAGCCGGCCGUGCCCAUCAGCCGCAUGGAGCAGAACACCAAGUACAGCGUCAUCAUCAAGGAUGCGGUCUUUGCGUGGGACAAGGUCAAGGAUGACAAGAACCCGCAAAGUGACGUCGACUCCAACGCCAACGUCAAGCAAGAGAAUCCCAUCUAUGCGAAGCCAGGCCCUAGGAAGGCACCACGUACAGAUUUCAGCGUUCAAGUGGAACUGGAUAGUUCAUCCAGCUCUGACGAAGAUAGCGAUUCCUCAGACCACGGCAGCACCACUCCGCUGCCAAAGCACGGUGACGACAUCCCAAUGAAGACGAGAAAGAAAGAGAAAGAAGCCGAGGCCAUGACAGAGGACCAGCCAGCGAUCAUCGUCUAUCCUAAACGGCGCAGGAGCUGGAACAGCACGGAGAUCGACCGGCUGAUUCAGACUGCCCGACACUCUCCCGUUAAGCCCCUGAACCGUAACCAGAUGACCGACACGCUAUUUGACAUCAACUUCAUCCUCACUAAGGGGAAGCUCACGGGUAUCUGCGGAGGCGUUGGUAGCGGCAAAACCUCCCUGGUGUCGGCCAUUCUCAACAACAUGCACCGUCCGGAGGGGCAGUGCGUGGUCACCGGCUCUAUCGCCUAUGCGGCCCAGGAAGCGUGGCUCUUCAACGCUACGCUCAGGGAGAACAUCCUCUUUGGUCAGCCGUUCGAUGAGGAUAAGUACGACCGUGUCAUCUGGGCUUGCAGCUUGAAGAUGGACCUGGAGAUUCUGCCGUUUGGGGAUCAGACAGAGAUUGGUGAGCGAGGCCUGAACAUGAGCGGCGGGCAGAAGCAGAGGAUCAGCCUGGCUCGCGCUCUGUACUCAGACCGUGACAUCUACCUGCUGGAUGACCCCCUGAGUGCCGUGGACGCCCACGUGGGCAAGCACAUCUUUGAGGAGUGCAUCAGCGGGGCUCUUAGGGGCAAGACGGUGAUGUUUGUCACCCACCAACUUCAGUACCUGAAAGACUGUGAUGUGGUAGUCACCAUGGACAACGGUCACAUUGUCGAGCGUGGCCACCACUAUGAGUUGAUGGACAAGGGCGGUCUGUACGCCAACCUGAUCGAGACCUUCCACUCCAAGCAGGAAGAUGACGAGCCAGAAGAUGACGAUACCUUCGAGGUGAUGGACCGCAGACUGACACGCGCCCUCAGCGUGCUCAGUACACGCUCCCGGGCCGAUAGCGUGCUGACGCCCAACUUGUCGGAGACCGAGACGGAGGGCCAGGCCGGGCAAACUGAUGACGGUACUUUGAUCACCACGGAGGAGACCGGGUCGGGUAAGGUGAAGAUGGAGACCUACUUUGGCUACAUGAAGGCCAUGGGCGGAGCUCCCAAGGUGCUGCUGUCUCUCUUCAUCUUCAUCCUGAUGAUGGGCCUGCUCACCUUCAACAACUACUGGCUGUCCGUCUGGUUCAAUGACAGCCUGAAUGGCUUCAACGCCACUGAGAAGGCAGGUGGCAUGCCUCCCAUUGCCGAAAAUCCCAAAAUGCCGCUGUACAUGUACAUCUACGGCUUCUCCUUGGUCGGUGUGUUUGUGCUUGCAGGAAUCAAGAGUGUCGUCUACAUGAAGGCUGCACUAAGUGCCGCAUCCAACAUGCACGACACUGUCUUCCUGAAGGUCUUCCGCAGCCCAAUGAGCUUCUUCGAUACCACCCCGACUGGCAGAAUCCUCAACCGCUUCUCCAAGGAUCUGGACGAAAUCGACACUAUGCUGCCUAUGAACGUGGAGGGCUUCAUGACCCAAGUCUUCAACUUCAUCUUUGCGCUGGUCAUGCUGAUGGUGGUCUUCUGGCAGCUGAUCGUCCUACUGGUACCCGUCACCUGUAUCUUCUACCUGGUGCUAGUGCUCUACCGUAGCACCAUCCGCAACCUGAAGCGCAUGGAGAACGUGACCCGCUCUCCCUGGUUCUCUCACAUCAGCGCCACCUCCCAGGGACUGACAACCGUGCACGCCUACGACAAAACCAAUGAGUUCAUCCAAAAGUUCCGACAGCUCUUGGACAACAACUCCUCGCCUCUGAUCAUCUUCCGGCUGUGCAGUCGCUGGGCCGGUAUCCGUCUUGACUUCAUGGUGGUGACCAUCCUGGCCACGGUCAGCUUGUCCGUCGUCUUCAUGCCGGACUUCUUCCCGGCCGCCUCGGCUGGUCUGGCCAUCACCUACACCCUCAGGCUUACCAGCUGCAUGCAGAUGUUGAUUCUGAUGGCAUCUGAGGCUGAAGCCCGUUUCACUUCCGUGGAGCGUGUGCUCUCCUAUAUGAAGAACCUGCAGAUGGAGGCAGCGCUGACCAUCAAGGAGAAGAAGCCGCCAGAGGAGUGGCCGCAGCAUGGCGACAUCCGCUUCAAGCGUUACCAGAUGCGUUACCGUGACGGUCUGCCGCUCGUCAUCCGCGGCAUCUCCCUGCAUAUCCGCCCGCGAGAGAAGAUCGGGAUCGUUGGCCGGACCGGCUCCGGAAAAUCCUCCCUGGCUGUUGCCCUCUUCCGAUUGGUCGAGGGAUCUGGUGACAUCAUCAUCGAUGACGUCAACAUCCGUGAGAUUGGACUCCAUGACCUCCGCCAGAAGGUCUCUAUCAUUCCCCAGGACCCGGUCCUGUUCAUUGGAACGGUCAAGUAUAACCUGGACCCAUUUGGACAGCAUUCAGAUAAAAACAUCUGGCAGGCGCUCAGACAGUCAUACAUGGCUGAAAAGAUCGAGUCACUAGAGGGCCAGCUUGAAGCCCCCGUUGUCGAGGGCGGCGAUAACUUCUCCGUCGGAGAGCGCCAACUCCUGUGCAUGGCUAGAGCUCUGCUGAGGAACAGCAAGAUCCUGAUGCUAGAUGAAGCCACGGCUGCCAUUGACACAGAGACCGACUCUCUGAUCCAAACUACCAUCCGUGAGGCCUUCAGCCAGUGCACCAUGCUGACCAUCGCCCACAGGCUCAACACCAUCAUGGACUCGGACCGCAUCCUCGUCAUGGAUGACGGACGGGUUGCUGAGUUUGACAAGCCCUCUGUGCUGCUGUCCAAGCCAGACUCCCACUUCAGCCGCAUGGUUGCUGCAGCAGAAUCAAGUGAGGAUUGAGCAGGAUUAUGCAAAUUAUAGCAUUAUGCAACCAGUACAAUUAUGAGUACAUUUAAAUGUAUGAAUAAUAUUUAAUAAACCAUGGCUGAAAUACUUGUCGGUGAAAAAAACGGAGAUCCUUUUGGAAUUUGUAGACAAUAUCUGAAAUAAACAAAUGCCAAAAUAAUUAAUAGGUUAGACAAAGAUAUAUGUUGCGUUUAUGUUCUUACUUCUUACGAAUUCCUUUGUAUCGUGUUUAAACAACAAGUGUUAAACUUUCAAUUGAAAUUGCUGAAUACUAUAACUCUUUAAUGCCCAAUUGAAAAUCAGUUUACUGUUGUUAUGUCUUUACUAGACCUGUUUCUUAUUGUCGACAGCCUUUUAGUGUGAGUUGAUAUUGUGUUAUUAACAAGUACACCAGCAGUAGGGUUAAUUAGUACGACUGUUUUAUCUAGCUGUCAAUAUAUCUCUUUGUUUCACUCUUCGUAUUGUUCAUUACAUGUUAUUAUUAGUAGAUUUCAAAAAGUUUUAGAGUAGUUACAGCUGUAUGUUUAGUUUGUAAGUAUGAUUUGUUUGUGUGAAGCCUGAUUUUUAAUGUGAACUGCAGUAUUUUGGUGUUGUGUUGCCUUGAAAGGAGACUGCAAUAAAAUUAUACAGUUUAGUGAAUUUAUUAUUUUAGGCGGAGUAUCUACUGCCGCUGGGAACAUAUUUAUGAUGAUCCGCUGAAAUUGGUUACAUAAAAUAGCUACUUUUUAGCAUUUUAGCAAAUUAAAUAAUAAUCUUUCAUGAACAAGUCACACCUCGGUAAAACGAUGUUAUCACUGUAAACUGCGAUUCUGCUACAAAUUUAUUUGGAUGAAGAGGAAUUGUUCAUGUACUCUAGAAAAUAAGGUGCAUUUUCUUAACCAUAACCGUAGUAAAACAUAUGAUAACCAGUUUAACACUUAGUUGUUUUUAUAAGAUUGUAAUCACGUUUUUAGUUUUGUUUUAUGUAGGCAGACGUGCAUUUCCAAUUAUUUGUUGUUAUUAAGUUGGCAAUAACUUUCAUGUACAACUUUUCACAGAAAACAAAACCAAGAAUUCCUACAAAAUAUAUUUCGUAAGGAUUAAUAAGUGGGACGCAAGAUAAAGAUAAGUUUCCUCAUUUUUUUUUCUAAUGAAGCAUAAUUACACUUAGUGGACAAAAAAAUAGAAUAAAAAAGUAAAAAAAUCAUAGGAAAAUAUUUUCGGGAAAACGUUUACGUGAGUACAGCAAGACAGUAUACAUUCAAGUCACUUACCCCCUUUCACUAAUAGGACCUGCCCACAAGUUUUGACCAAUGGUGCGCUGUUUUCGAUGUCAAAGAGUGUAAAAGCUAACGCGCUAUUGGUCAAAACUCGGGAGGACUUUUCCAUUGAUGAAAAGGGUGUGUGGUGUACAGUUUAGUUCCCGAUCCCGCCCCUAGUGUAGUACGGGUGGUGCUCUUUGAAAGUUAUUCACAACUAAAAAAAAAUAAUAAAAGUUAUCAGUUAGUCUCAUUUUCAUCAUAUUCCAUAAUGUUGUAAUUAACCCAUGUCAACAAGUUUUUUAAACUUGCACAAUUUUGCAGCAGUACAUUGCAACAUGACUGCUUACACGCGCAUCAUUUUGAUAUUUGUUUUUCAAUUAAAGACAAUUCCGAUUGAAUUUUGCCAGGACUUAUAA